CGCAGACUGAGGAGUUAAGAGUGGCAUGCAUAGUGAUCACAAGUGAUUCUCUCCUGCAAAUCUUUCUGCAGAAUAUUCAAACCCACCCUUACUUCUUUAGUUUCUCGUGACUUCUGGUUCACAUAACUUUCAAAACUAAUCACAAUAAUCAUCACUCUUGCAUUCAAUCUUCUCUUCUGCCUUCAACUGCAAUCCACUCGAAGUUCACAUAUUUUCACAUCCUUUUCUCCUAAAUUGUUAUCAGUCAUUGAAACAAACUCGAUCUUUUUAGUUUUUUUUUUAUCCGGGCCUUUUGUACUUUGACAUUCAAAACUUUAGAUUUAUCAGGGUGGCUUUUAUUUAUCAUCGUUGUUGCAUCUGCUCUGGUUCUGUUUAGGGACUAUCAACAAAAAUUUUGCAUUUUGGCCAUCCUUGUAUUGUCAUGUUAUUAAUGUUUUAGGAAUCUAAAUUUCUUGGAUCUUACAUUAAGAAAUAUAUUUGGGGUUGUUCUUUCUUGCUUUGAUUCAAAGAUGGAUUCUUUCUGUGGAGCAUCGAAGGCAAGUGCUGGUGCCAAUGUGGUUAAUGUUAACAAGGGAAGUAUUAGAAAUGAAGGGACUCACUUUUGGGGUGAGAGGAUUAAGAAGAACCCGAAGAGCAGGGAUUUGAGUGCCCUGUUGUGGAAAAAUCUGAGAAGCGGUGUGAAAAAGGCUAAGCCUGGAGUUGCCUACUCUGUUCUUACAUCAGAUGUUAACAAAGAAAUUGUGACGUUUGAAGCACCUGUGUUUGAGACUCAACAAGCAGACCCAGGUAAUGUAGCUUCGAUCAUAUUAGGUGGAGGUGCUGGGACACGCCUCUUUCCUCUUACCAGCAAAAGAGCCAAGCCCGCGGUUCCAAUUGGAGGCUGUUACAGGCUGAUUGAUAUUCCUAUGAGUAAUUGCAUCAACAGUGGGAUAAAGAAGAUUUUCAUCCUAACACAGUUUAACUCCUUCUCGCUCAAUCGGCAUAUAGCUCGCACGUAUAACCUUGGCAAUGGUGUUAGUUUUGGAGAUGGAUUUGUGGAGGUUUUGGCAGCUACUCAAACUCCAGGGGAAACAGGAAAGAAGUGGUUUCAAGGAACCGCAGAUGCUGUGAGGCAGUUUAUAUGGGUGUUUGAGGAUGCAAGGAACAAGAACGUGGAGCAUGUAUUGAUCUUGUCUGGUGAUCAUCUUUAUCGAAUGAACUACAUGGAAUUUGUCCAGAAGCAUAUCGACACAAAUGCAGAUGUUACAGUUUCCUGUGUGCCCAUGGAUGACAGUCGUGCAUCAGAUUAUGGACUGAUGAAGAUUGACAACACUGGACGUAUCGUUCAAUUUGCCGAGAAACCCAAGGGCCCUGAUCUGAAAGCAAUGCAAGUUGAUACCACUCUUCUUGGACUCUCCAGACAAGAAGCUAUGCAAUUUCCCUAUAUUGCUUCAAUGGGCGUUUAUGUGUUUAGAACUGAUGUCCUGCUGAAGCUUCUGAGGUGGAGCUAUCCCUCAUGCAAUGACUUCGGUUCCGAAAUCAUUCCAUCUGCUGUGAGGGAUCAUAAUGUCCAGGCUUACUUAUUCAAUGACUACUGGGAGGACAUUGGAACAGUAAAGUCAUUUUUUGAUGCCAAUUUGGGCCUCACGAAGCAGCCACCGAAGUUUGAAUUUUAUGAUCCGCAGACACCUUUCUUCACCUCUCCUAGAUUCUUGCCGCCAACUAAAGUUGAUAGAUGCAGGAUUGUUGAUGCAAUAAUCUCACAUGGCUGCUUUCUACGAGAAUGUAGUGUGCAACAUUCUAUUGUAGGAGUUCGCUCACGUUUAGAGAGUGGCGUUGAACUUACAGAUACUAUGAUGAUGGGUGCUGACUACUAUCAAACUGAAUCUGAAAUUGCCUCUCUGCUAGCAGAAGGAAAGGUCCCAAUUGGUGUUGGUCAAAAUACCAAAAUCAGGAACUGUAUUAUCGAUAAGAAUGCCAAGAUAGGAAAAGAUGUGAUCAUCACAAAUGCUGAUGGUGUUCAAGAAGCAGACAGGCCAAGUGAAGGGUUUUACAUUAGAUCAGGGAUCACAGCCGUACUGAAGAAUGCAGCAAUCAAAGAUGGGACCCUUAUCUAGAAGUGCCUAGGAACCCUUAUCUAGAAGUGCCUAAUCCUAGUGAUGAAGCUGACGGAGCAAUCGAUCCGAUCCACAUCUUUGCACUUGGUUGCUGUGAUCACAACGAAGUAACUACUGUAUAUGUAAAUUACGUACUCCUUCCAUAUAUGAAAGAACAGCCGAGAAGAGGAAGUAUUUUAACUUUAAUAAAUUGAAGGGCAUGAAGUCCAUUUAGCAAUAUGGAUAGGUUCAUUGCUUAAAACACAAACCACGGGGUUGAUAAUACACUGUUUAUUCUCUGACUUUUCAACUUCAACCCUGUUGGCUAUAUAUCAGAGCUAAUCUUGAGCUAGAAUAAAAUUGCUGUAGUCGAGGAGGGGAUGAUUUUGAUUCAA